UUAAUCAUUUUUAACUGCUACUUUUUUUUUCAGAUAAAUAUGAAAAUAUAUUUUUAUUCAUUUUUAUUCUCCAUCAUAUUUAUUCUUAUUAGGAGCGAUGAACCAACUAUAGAAAAUGGAAUUUAUGUUCUUACUGAUAAUAAUUUUGACUCUUUUCUAGAAGAACAUCCAACAGUUUUGGUUGAAUUUUAUGCCCCUUGGUGUGGCCACUGCAAACAACUCGCACCGGAGUAUGAAAAAGCAGCAGAAGAACUUGGUGAUAGUGUUCCCUUGGCUAAGGUUGAUGCUACCGUUGAGAAAAUUUUGGCUGAACGCUUUGAGAUAAAUGGAUAUCCGACUCUUAAAUUUUGGCAAAAAGAUCACGAACCGAUUGAUUAUGAUGGAGACCGCGAUGCUCAGGAUUACAAGCCUCCUCCUGAAGAAGUUAUUGCAUUAACCGAACAAACGUUUGACGAUUUUUUGGGUUCAAAUGCUCUUACCUUGGUCGAAUUCUAUGCACCUUGGUGUGGACACUGCAAAAAACUUGCUCCUGAAUAUGAAAAAGCUGCGAUACGGCUUAAGGCGCAUGGCAUUCCUUUGGCAAAAGUUGAUGCAACUAUUGAGAAGAAAUUAGCCGAGCUAUACGACGUUAAGGGGUUUCCAACGCUUAAGAUAUUUCGAAAUGCCCGUCGCUUUGAUUAUGAUGGUCCAAGAGAUGCCGAUGGAAUUGUCAAUUAUAUGAUUGAACAAUCAAAACCAGCUGUGAAAUUCCUGAAUCAUUCCUCCGCGGACAAAUUUAUUUCUAAAGAUGACGUGACUAUUGUUGGAUUUUUCGGUUCAGAAAGUGUUCCUCUUUAUGACGCUUUUGUGGAUGCAGCAGAGAGAACCCGUUCCGAUUUUUCUUGUUAUUAUGUAACUGAUCCUUCUGUGAUUAAAGAAUUUAAAGUAAAGGCGGGGACAAUUACAAUUUUCUAUCCAAAGCCAACAGCUACUACAGAAGAAUUGCUGACUUUUUACCGUGAAAACGCAACACCACUUGUUGGGCAUAUGACAAGAGUAAAUUCGGCUACUCGCUAUUCUCGCCGUCCUUUGGUUGCUGUUUACUACAACGUUGACUUUUCGCUCGCUUAUAGAGAUGGGACUCAAUAUUGGCGUAAUAAAGUUGUCGAUAUUGCUAAUAAAUACAAAGGGAAAUUUUAUUUUGCUGUUGCAGAUGAAGAAGAAUUUGCAAAAGAAUUGGAAGCUGUUGGACUUGGAACAAGUGGGUUAGAACAAAAUGUUAUUAUUUUUGGAGUUGAUGGCAAAAAAUACCCAAUGGAUCCUGAUAAAUAUGAUGAAGAUUUGGAAGAAAAUUUAAUUGCAUUUUUGAAAGACUUUGGAAAAGGGAAAGUAAAGGCACAUUUAAAGAGUCAACCAAUCCCCAAAGCCGAUAAAGGACCCGUUUUUACUUUAGUUGGUAAUAAUUUUGAAGCAAUUGUUAAUGAUGAAAGCAAGGAUGUUCUCAUUGAGGCUUAUGCUCCUUGGUGUGGCCAUUGCAAAGCAUUUGAACAGCCUUAUAAACAAUUUGCUACUAAAUUGACCAAACAAGAGCCAAAUUUAAUUUUUACUAAAAUUGAUGCUACAGAAAAUGAUUUACCCGAAAAAUAUAAAGUUGAAGGAUUUCCAACUAUUUUCUUUGCUCCAGCAGGCAAAAAAGAUGAUCCAAUUAAAUAUACUGGAAAUAGGGAUUCCAAUGAUUUGUUGAAAUUUCUUAAAGAUAAUGCUGUUAAAAGUUUCCAGUCAGAGAGGGAAAAGGAAAAAGAUGAGCUUUAA